AUGACAGAGCAACUGAAAACAUACACACGGGAGGAGGUGGCCAAGAACAACACGGAGGACAGCCUAUGGUGCAUCAUCGACCACAAAGUCUACGACCUGACGGAUUUCCUGGAUGCGCAUCCGGGUGGCAACGUGGUGCUGCAGCAGAUCGCGGGGACGGACGCGACAGGAGCGUUCUACAACUUACACCGACAUGAGGUGUUGCAGAAGUACUCGUCGUUGCGGAUCGGCACGCUCGAGGCCGAGAAGCCCGAGGUCAUUGAUCCCCAACCCGGUGAUUUGAGCCAGGUCCCCUACGGAGAGCCGCUCUGGUUGACGCCGGCGUAUUCGAGUCCUUACUACAAUGACAGCCACCGGAGACUGCAGAAGGCGUUGAGGGAGUUCGUCGAUAGGGAUGUCUACCCGGAGGCGCAGCAGAAGGAGGAGGAUGGUACAUAUGUCUCUCAGGAGUUGACGGACAAGAUGGCGGCCAAUAACACGCUGGCCAUGCGUCUUGGGCCUGGGAAGCAUCUGCAUGGGAGGGAGUUACUGGGCGGUGUCAAGGGAGAAGAGUUCGAUUAUUUCCAUGAUAUGAUCAGUGCACAGGAGCUUUCGAGGGCCGUGGCAAGAGGCUUCCAGGAUGGGAACAUGUCCGGCUUGAUGAUCUCCUUGACCGCUGUUCGGCAGUGGUUGGGCGACGCCGAAUUGAGGGACAAGGUCACCGAAGAGUGUCUUUCAGGAAAGAAGUUUAUGUGUCUGGCCGUCACCGAGGCCUUUGCUGGAUCAGAUGUUGCUGGUAUCAGGACGACGGCGACAAAGACACCAGACGGAAAGCAUUAUAUUAUCAAUGGUACCAAGAAAUGGAUCACCAACGGUAUGUUUGCCGAUUACUUCGUGACCGGCUGUAAGACGGAAAAGGGCUUUUCAGUGAUCCUUAUUCCGCGAGAUGACAAUGUCGAAUGUAAGCGCAUCAAGACGUCCUAUUCGACUGCGGCAGCCACCACUUUCAUUCAAUUUGACAACGUCAAAGUACCAGUGAACCAUUUGCUUGGAAAGGAGCACAAUGGAUUCAUUGUCAUCAUGAGCAAUUUCAACCACGAGAGAUGGGCCAUGGCGUGUGCGGUGAUCCGCUGGAUGCGCACCGUUACCGAAGAAUGCAUGAAAUGGAGUCACCAGCGCAUUGUGUUUGGAAAGCCGCUCAUCUCUCAGCCCGUCAUCCGCCAGAAAUUGGCCAAGAUGAUCUCUCUGACCGAGGCAUGUCAGUCGUGGCUUGAGACAAUUACCUACCAGAUGAAUAACAUGGAUUACCCAACACAGUCGAAGCUGCUUGGCGGCCCAAUCGGCCUGCUAAAGUCAUAUGCCACGAGAUGCGCUCACGAGGUCGCGGAUGACGCAGUCAACAUAUUUGGUGGAAGAGGGCUCACUCAGUCUGGCAUGGGCAGAAUUGUAGAGCAAUUCCAUCGUACAUACAAAUUCGAUGCGAUCCUUGGCGGCGCGGAGGAGGUCCUGGCUGAUUUGGGCGUCAGGCAAGCCAUGAAGUUUAUGCCCAAGGCCAUGCUUUAA